AUGCCGGAAGAAUCGACGAAGCUUACAGUCUCUUCUUCGGCGGGACUACGUACCCUGUCUUUAUUCGAGGGUUUUUUGGCUCAUGGGAACAUCGACAAGGCAAGUAAAAUCUUCAAAGAUCUGAAGCAGGGCCAUGAGACUUAUCCGUAUUAUGGGGCUGAGUAUAUUGAGAUGUCGCAAGUGGCAUACAUGAACAUGGAGCAUUUUUUUAAGCAAGGGAAAGACGAGGAAGCCAUGCAAUGGUACCGUUCUACAAUAUCCAAAUACUGUUUGAAGCAAGGCAAGGAUGAUGAGCAAGGCACGGUAGAUAAUAGGAUACCCAAAAAUUGGGAAAACCGUGCGGACACUGUUAACUCAGUCUUGAAAGUUUUGCUCAAGUACGGUAAGAAGACGGAAGCUUGGUCGCUCUUCGACAAGCUGUGUGAGAUUAACAAAGCCGUGGAGAUUGCCCGGACAAAGGAAGCUUGGGAUGGGAAUGCUGACUGUUACACGACCCUAGUCACGAGAUUUGUGAGACAGGGGAUGAUGUCUGAGGCAGAUGUGAUGUUCAACGAAAUGUUCUCCUCCGUUCACUUUCCUAUGUAUCGUUAUUUAGGGAUCCAUCGAGUGAUGGUAGAUGGGUUUGUUAAAGCAGGAAGAUUUGAUGAUGCUCACCGAUUUGUUAACAAGAUUGCCGAUAUUUCUCUGAAUCACGUUUCAAGACGCGUUGACUUCUCAUUAUCUACUGGGCAUGGUUUCUUUAUCUAA